CUUGCGUGUUUGGCGUUGGGCUCGUAUGCUCUUGCCGCUAUACCGGAUGUCAUGUCCAGAGGCCACGUCUCUAUUCCAAAGGUUCCCGCGUCCAAAAAUCUUGUCUAUGAUCGCAACGGAACCUUGUUGCCAGCUUUAGACACUGUGUAUUACUUUAAUCAACUGAUUGAUCACAACAACCCUGGCUUGGGGACAUUUCGACAACGAUACUGGACAACUUGGGAGUUCUACGAGGCGGGCGGUCCUAUCAUUUUGAUGACCCCCGGUGAAACCAGCGCAGAAACUACAGAAGCUUCCCUGGGUUUCUUGACUAACGCGACUAUAAACGGCCUCAUAGCUCAGCAAGAGAGCGGAGCGACAAUUCUUCUUGAACAUCGGUUUUUUGGCUUUUCCAACCCUUAUGAUAAUCUGACCACCCAAAGUCUCGCGCUCCUUACUAUUCAGCAGGCCAUCGAUGACUUGGUCUACUUCGCACAGAAUGUAGAUCUGCCCAUGCCAGGUGGCGACCAGGUUAAGCCUCAUCAAGCGCCUUGGGUUUUAAUUGGAGGCAGCUAUCCAGGUGCAUUGACGGGUUGGACGAUGGUUAACAAGCCAGGUAUCUUCUGGGCAGGAUACUCUUCGUCUGGAGUCGUUGAAGCUAUCACUGAUUUCUACGACUAUUUCAAACCGAUUCGUGAGUAUAUGCCCCAGAACUGCUCAGCUGAUGUCGAAGCUGUAAUCGCCUACCUCGACGCGGCUUACGCACAAAACUUCACUCCUGCAUUGGAUUACCUCAAGUCUGCGUUUGGUUUAACUGGCCUCUCGUAUGUGGAUGAUUUUGCCGCUACAUUGCGCAUCAACUUGUAUGCUUGGCAGGACUAUCAACCGACCAAUCAAUAUACGGCUUUCUCCCGAUUCUGUGACGCCCUUGAAGUUAAUAACGGUGUCAGUGCGAAUGCGUCAGGUUGGGGAAUUACCCACGCAAUCAACGCGUGGGGCACGUUUUGGCAAGUUAAUAACUACGGUCCUAGUGAUGACUGUCUUGGGACUCACAACUCCUCCUUGCCUUGGUACCAUUACACAACAGUCAACAACUGGCAUCGUUCAUGGCUCUGGAUGCUCUGCAACCAGUUGGGCUUUUCAAUGGUAGGCCCUCCUGAAGGUCAACCUGCUAUCGUGAGUCGUAUUGUUCAGCCCGCAUACGCCCAAAGAGCAUGUGUGAAUUAUUUCCCUGAAGUGUUCAGUGCACCCCGUCCUCCCACCACAGAGGAGACUAAUGCAGAGUACGGGGGAUGGAACCUGACAGUCGACAGACUCUUCUCUGCCAACGGCCUUCGUGACCCUUGGCUUGAAGCCACCAUAUCUGCAGACGGUGUGAACAAACCGAGCAACGUGAAUUUCCAGCCUGUUUACGAGACUGAUGCCUUCCACUGUUCGGACCUUGUCACUGUGUACGGUUAUUACGAUGUUACUGUCAGGAAUACCCAACUUGCCGGUCUCUCGUCCAUGAGGACUUGGCUCUCGCAGUGGAAAGCACCUGCAUUGUAAUGGUAGCCCCGAGACGUUGCUGGUUUGCAGGGACGUUGUGACAGAAGGAACUUUUUGGUACUACGAUAUGGUGACAGGAAGGAAUGUUUCACAUUUUCGAGUGCAAUGUAAGUAAAUGCGAGUAAAUUUCAUGUUAUGUUUC